AGCUCGAGGACUGCCAUGCCCUUAGGUGCCCAGCCCCCACCCCUGAUGUGAGAUGGCCACCCCGGAGCCCCCCCUGGGCGGGACCCCCCGGCCUGGCCCCUCCCCCGGGCCUGGCCCCUCCCCCAGCUCCAUGCUGGGCCCCUCCCCCGGCCCCUCCCCCGGCUCCGCCCACUCGGGGCACUCCGGGCACGCGCUGCCGGCCCCGGCCUACGGCCCCGACAGCAUGCACCCCCUGCACAAGCCCCUGGAGGCGAUGCACGAGAAGGGAAUGGCCGAGGACCCGCGCUACGGGCAGAUGAAGGGAAUGGGAAUGCGCCCGGGGGGACACGCGGGAAUGGGGCCCCCCCCCAGCCCCAUGGAUCAACAUUCCCAAGGUUACCCCUCCCCUCUGGGUGGCUCCGAGCACGCCUCCAGCCCGGUGCCCUCCAACGGCCCCUCCAGCAGCUCCGCCGGCGGCUCCGGCGCCGCCCUGGACGGUUCCGGUUCCGACUCUCCCGCCCUGGGCCGGGGCCCGUCGCCGUUCAACGCCGCCCAGCUGCACCAGCUCCGCGCUCAAAUCAUGGCCUACAAGCUGCUGGCACGAGGGCAGCCCCUUCCCGAGCACCUGCAGGUGGCCGUGCAGGGCAAACGGCCCCUGCCGGGGCUGCAGCCGCAGAUUCCCGCUCUACCUCCGCCCGCCGGCGCCGCCCAGGGCCCGGGGCCAGCGCCCGGAGCGGGGCCGGCACCGCCCGGCUACUCCAGACCUCACGGCCUGGCAGGGCCGCCCAUGCCCCCUCCAGGACCCUCAGGAGUUCCCCCAGGAAUGCCGGGCCAGCCCCCAGGGGGGCCCCCCAAACCCUGGCCCGAAGGGCCGCUGUCGGCGGCGGCUCCGGGCGGAGCCCCCCAGAAGCUGCUGCCCCCUCCCCCCGCCGGCCGCCCGUCGCCGGUGCCCCCGGCCGUGCCCCCGGCGUCCCCCGGGCCGCCCCCGCCCUCGCCGGGCCAGCCGGCGCCGCCGGCGCUGCCGCUGCACCCCAAGCAGAACCGCAUCACGCCGGUGCAGAAACCGCGCGGGCUCGACCCCGUCGAGAUCCUGCAGGAGCGCGAGUACAGGCUCCAAGCCCGCAUCGCCCACCGCAUCCAAGAGCUGGAGAACCUCCCCGGCUCCUUGGCCGGAGACCUGAGGACCAAAGCAACCAUCGAGCUCAAGGCUCUGAGGCUGCUCAACUUCCAGCGCCAGCUGCGGCAGGAGGUGGUGGUGUGCAUGCGGCGCGACACGGCGCUGGAGACGGCGCUCAACGCCAAGGCCUACAAGCGCAGCAAGCGGCAGUCGCUGCGCGAGGCCAGGAUCACCGAGAAGCUGGAGAAGCAGCAGAAGAUCGAGCAGGAGAGGAAGCGCCGGCAGAAGCACCAGGAAUACCUCAACAGCAUCCUGCAGCACGCCAAGGACUUCAAGGAGUACCACCGGAGCGUCAGCGGAAAGAUCCAGAAGCUGACCAAGGCCGUGGCCACCUACCACGCCAACACCGAGCGCGAGCAGAAGAAGGAGAACGAGCGCAUCGAGAAGGAGCGGAUGCGGCGGCUGAUGGCCGAGGAUGAGGAAGGCUACCGCAAGCUCAUCGACCAGAAGAAGGACAAGCGCCUGGCCUACCUGCUGCAGCAGACCGACGAGUACGUGGCCAACCUGACCGAGCUGGUGAGGCAGCACAAGGCGGCCCAGGUGGCCAAGGAGAAGAAGAAGAAGAAGAAGAAGAAGAAGGCAGAGAACGCCGAGGGACAGGCUCCGGCCAUCGGCCCCGACGGGGAGCCCCUGGACGAGACGAGCCAGAUGAGCGACCUGCCGGUGAAGGUGAUCCACGUGGAGAGCGGCAAAAUCCUGACGGGCACCGACGCGCCCAAGGCCGGGCAGCUGGAGGCCUGGCUGGAGAUGAACCCGGGGUACGAGGUGGCUCCGCGCUCCGACAGCGAGGAGAGCGGCUCCGAGGAGGAGGAGGAGGAGGAGGAGGAGGAGCAGCCGCAGCCGGCCCAGCCCGCGCUGCCCGUGGAGGAGAAGAAGAAAAUCCCCGACCCCGACAGCGACGACGUCUCGGAGGUGGACGCGCGACACAUCAUCGAGAACGCCAAGCAGGACGUGGAUGACGAGUACGGCGUGUCGCAGGCGCUGGCGCGGGGGCUGCAGUCCUACUACGCCGUGGCGCACGCCGUCACCGAGCGCGUGGACAAGCAGUCGGCGCUGAUGGUCAACGGCGUCCUCAAGCAGUACCAGAUCAAAGGCCUGGAGUGGUUGGUGUCCCUCUACAACAACAACCUCAACGGGAUCCUGGCCGACGAGAUGGGGCUGGGCAAGACCAUCCAGACCAUCGCGCUCAUCACCUACCUGAUGGAGCACAAGAGGAUCAACGGCCCCUUCCUCAUCAUCGUCCCGCUCUCGACUUUGUCCAACUGGGCCUACGAGUUCGACAAGUGGGCGCCCUCCGUGGUCAAGGUCUCCUACAAGGGCUCUCCGGCGGCGCGCCGCGCCUUCGUCCCGCAGCUGCGCAGCGGCAAAUUCAACGUUCUGCUGACCACCUACGAGUACAUCAUCAAGGACAAGCACAUCCUGGCCAAGAUCCGCUGGAAGUACAUGAUCGUGGACGAAGGCCACCGCAUGAAGAACCACCACUGCAAGCUCACCCAGGUCCUCAACACCCACUACGUGGCCCCGCGGCGUCUUCUCCUCACCGGGACCCCCCUCCAGAACAAACUCCCCGAGCUCUGGGCCCUCCUCAACUUCCUCCUGCCCACCAUCUUCAAGAGCUGCAGCACCUUCGAGCAGUGGUUCAACGCGCCCUUCGCCAUGACCGGCGAGAAGGUGGACCUGAACGAGGAGGAGACCAUCCUCAUCAUCCGCCGUCUCCACAAGGUGCUCCGGCCCUUCCUGCUGCGGCGCCUCAAGAAGGAGGUGGAGGCUCAGCUCCCAGAGAAGGUGGAGUACGUCAUCAAGUGCGACAUGUCGGCGCUGCAGCGCGUCCUGUACCGGCACAUGCAGGCCAAGGGCGUCCUCCUCACCGACGGCUCCGAGAAGGACAAGAAGGGCAAAGGAGGCACCAAGACCUUGAUGAACACCAUCAUGCAGCUGCGCAAGAUCUGCAACCACCCCUACAUGUUCCAGCACAUCGAGGAAUCCUUCUCAGAGCACUUGGGGUUCACGGGAGGGAUCGUGCAGGGGUUGGAUUUGUACCGGGCCUCCGGGAAAUUCGAGCUCCUGGAUAGGAUCCUGCCCAAACUCAGGGCCACCAACCACAAGGUGCUGCUCUUCUGCCAGAUGACCUCCUUGAUGACCAUCAUGGAGGAUUAUUUCGCUUACCGUGGCUUCAAAUACCUCAGGCUGGAUGGGACCACGAAGGCCGAGGACCGGGGGAUGUUGCUGAAGACGUUCAACGAGCCCGGCUCCGAGUAUUUCAUCUUCCUACUGAGCACGCGCGCCGGCGGCCUGGGCCUCAACCUGCAGUCGGCCGACACCGUCAUCAUCUUCGACAGCGACUGGAACCCCCACCAGGACCUGCAGGCCCAGGACCGGGCUCACCGCAUCGGGCAGCAGAACGAGGUGCGCGUCCUUCGCCUCUGCACCGUCAACAGCGUGGAGGAAAAAAUCCUGGCAGCUGCCAAAUACAAACUCAACGUGGACCAGAAAGUGAUCCAGGCUGGGAUGUUCGACCAGAAAUCCUCCAGCCACGAGCGCAGGGCUUUCCUUCAGGCCAUCCUGGAGCACGAGGAGCAGGAUGAGAGCAGACAGAGCGCGGGCAGUGGCAGCUUCCCCCACGCUGCCUCCUCCCUGUGCCUGGGCGCUGAGUCGGAGGAAGCACCUCUAAAGGAGGAAGACGAGGUGCCCGACGAUGAGACCGUGAAUCAGAUGAUCGCCCGGCACGAGGAGGAGUUCGACCUCUUCAUGCGCAUGGACCUGGACCGGCGGCGGGAGGAGGCGCGGAACCCCAAGCGGAAGCCGCGGCUGAUGGAGGAGGACGAGCUCCCGUCGUGGAUCCUCAAGGACGACGCCGAGGUCGAGCGCCUGACCUGCGAGGAGGAGGAGGAGAAGAUGUUCGGCCGCGGCUCGCGCCACCGCAAGGAGGUCGAUUACAGCGACUCGCUCACCGAGAAGCAGUGGCUCAAGGCCAUCGAGGAGGGCACGCUGGAGGAGAUCGAGGAGGAGGUCCGCCAGAAGAAGUCCUCUCGCAAGCGCAAGCGCGAGCCCGAGGGACCCCCGGGACCCCCGGCGGGCGGCCGCAGCCGCGACAAGGACGAGGAGAGCCGCAAGCAGAAGAAACGGGGGCGACCCCCGGCCGAGAAGUUGUCCCCGAACCCACCACCCCUGACCCGCAAGAUGCGCAAGAUCGUCGACGCCGUCAUCAAGUACAAGGACAGCAGCAGCGGGCGGCAGCUGAGCGAGGUCUUCAUCCAGCUCCCGUCGCGCAAGGAGCUCCCGGAGUACUACGAGCUCAUCCGCAAGCCCGUGGACUUCAAGAAGAUCAAGGAGCGGAUCCGGAACCACAAGUACCGGAGCCUGAACGACCUGGAGAAGGACGUGAUGCUGCUGUGCCAGAACGCCCAGACCUUCAACCUGGAGGGCUCCCUGAUCUACGAGGACUCCAUCGUGCUGCAGUCGGUGUUCACCAGCGUGCGGCAGAAGGUGGAGAAGGAGGAGGAGAGCGACGGCGAGGAGAGCGAGGAGGAGGAGGAGGGCGAGGAGGAAGGCUCCGAGUCCGAGGCCCGCUCGGUGAAGGUGAAGAUCCGCCUGGGCCGCAAGGAGAAGGUUCCGGAACGCGGCAAGGGCCGGCGCCGGGGGGGGCGGGGGGGGCGGCCCAAACCCCUCCUGAGCGACGACGAGAGCGAGGACGAGCAGGAGGAGGAUCGCUCCGGCAGCGGCACCGAGGACGACUGACCCCGAACAUUCCACGGCUCCAGAGCUCUGAGAACCCCCCAAAAAAACCCCCCAGGACCCCCCAAAAAUCCCCCCCGAAUUCCCCCUCCCCUCCCCCACCGUAGCUCCGACGGCAGCGACGCCGGAAUUCCCAAAAAUCCUGAAAAAUCCCCAAAAAAACGAAAAAAACCCCAAAAAAAUUCCCCAACCUCGCCCGUAUUUAUAGCUGGGUCAGCCCAGGUGGGCCUGGGUUGGCCUGGAUUGGUCCUGGAUUGGCCCAGAUGGUCCCAGGUUGUCCCAGCUCCAGAUUGUCCCAGGUUUGGGUGGUCCAGAGUGAUCCAAACCAUCCUGGAUCAUCCUAAAUCCAUCCUGGAUCAUCUUAAAUCCAUCCUGGGUUGGUCCUAAAUCCAUCCUGGACCAUCCCAGGUGGUCCUGGAUUGGCCUGGGUUGGUCCUGGUUUGGCCUGGAUUGGCCCAGAUGGUCCCAGGUUGUCCCAGAUCCAGAUUGUCCCAAGUUUGGAUGGUCCAGAGUGAUCCAGAACAUCCUGGGUUAUCCUAAAUCCUCUUGGAUCAUCUUAAAUCCAUCCUGGGUUGGUCCUAAAUCCAUCCUGGGUCAGCCCUGGUGGGCCUGGAUUAGCCUGGGUUGGCCCAGAUGGUCCCAGGUUGUCCCAGAUCCAGAUUAUCCCAGGUUUGGAUGGUCCAGAGUGAUCCAGACCAUCCUGGGUUGGUCCUAAAUCCAUCCUCGACCAUCCCAGGUGGGCCUGGGUUGGUCCUGGGUUGGCCCAGAUGGUCCCAGGUUGUCCCAGAUCCAGAUUGUCCCAGGUUUGGAUGGUCCAGAGCGAUCCAGACCAUCCUGGGUUGGUCCUAAAUCCAUCCUGGACCAUCUUAAACCCUUCUGGAUCAUCCUAAAUCCAUCCUGGACCAUCCUAAAUCCAUCCUGGAUCACCUGAGCUCAGCCUUGGAUUGUCCUGGGUGGUCCUAAAUCCUCUUGGAUCAUCUGAAACCCUCCUGGGUCAUCUUAAAUCCAUCCUGGGAUGGUCCUAAACCCGUCCUGGAUCAUCCUAAAUCCUCUUGGAUCACCUUAAACCCUUCUGGAUCAUCCUAAAUCCUCCUGGAUCCUCUUAAACCCAUCCUGGGUCAUCUUAAACCCUUCUGGACCAUCCCAAAUCCAUCCUGGUGAUCCCAAACCCAUCCUGGACCAUCCUAAACCCAUCCUGGACCAUCCCAAACCCUUCUGGACCAUCCCAAACCCUUCUGGACCAGCCUAAAUCCAUCCUGGUGGUCCUAAAUCUAUUCUGGACCAUCCUUAAGCCAUCCUGGACCAUCCUAAAUCCCUUUGGACCAGCCUAAAUCCAUCCUGGGUUGGUCCUAAAUCCAUCCUGGACCAUCCUAAAUCCAUCCUGGACCAUCCCAAAUCCAUCCUGGUGGUCCUAAAUCCAUCCUGGACCAUCCCAAAUCCAUCCUGGUGGUCCUAAAUCCAUCCUGGACCAUCCCAGAUCCAUCCUGGUGGUCCUAAAUCCAUCCUGGACCAUCCCAGAUCCAUCCUGGACCAUCCCAAACCCUUCUGGACCAUCCCAGAUCCAUCCUGGACCAUCCCAGAUCCAUCCUGGACCAUCCCAGAUCCAUCCUGGACCAUCCCAGAUCCAUCCUGGACCAUCCCAAACCCUCCUGGACUAUCCCAAAUCCAUCCUGGACCAUCCCAAAUCCAUCCUGGACCAUCCCAAAUCCAUCCUGGACCAUCCCAGAUCCAUCCUGGUGGUUCUAAAUCCAUCCUGGACCAUCCCAGAUCCAUCCUGGACCAUCCCAGAUCCAUCCUGGUGGUCCUAGAUCCAUCCUGGACCAUCCCAGAUCCAUCCUGGACCAUCCUAAAUCCAUCCUGGUGGUCCUAAAUCCAUCCUGGACCAUCCCAGAUCCAUCCUGGACCAUCCCAGAUCCAUCCUGGACCAUCCCAGAUCCAUCUGGGAUCAGCUGAGCUCAGCCUUGGAUCAUCCUGGACCAUCUCCCCCCACCUGGGUGGUCCCAGGUGGUCCCGGCCCAUCCCCCACCCCCCAGCCCGGCCCUGUCGCUGUCCCUGGGUUCCCCACAGCCGAGAAUUAAUUAAUAAAUUAAUCCAACGGGA